AUGCCCAUAUUUCAUGAGCCCAGUGAUAGCCUGCGGGCGCCGUCAAACUUGCCUGAGCCGGUGACAUCCAGCCGACAAAGAGUAGGGACCGCAGAAUCGGGGGUCGAGGGGGCGUGGAACAGCAGUAUGCAUGCACAAGUACCGACCGCACUUGAAUCCUCACUCGACGCGGACCCCGCGUCGCCCAACCAAACGCGCAAGUCGUCCAUAUUCGGCCGCAAAGAAUGGGUAGAAAGAAUCAAAAAGACAAACAGCCCGUCCUGGCUGCAGUGGCAGGGUAGUGACAUCACCACCGAUCCCGAUGCUUCCAUCCGCCCCAAUUCCCGUGAGCGCUCAAAGACCCCUCUUGCUCCUGCUGCCGACUUGCAAUCGUCACAACCCUCCACUCCUGAACACUUGCGAGACCCCGCAGUCGCAGGUCUAGAAAUCCAGCGCCCCCGGUCUGCAUUGCACUCGGGAGACUUCAGAGAGAAACCAGCAGGGUGCGCUUCCAGCAACGACAUCUCGUCCUCGGCUUUCCUCGCAACGUCUCCAGUCGUUCCAUGGGAUCGUUCUUUUCCCUCGGCGGCGUACAAUGCGAACCGACAUGACGUCUCAUACGUCGACCCGCGUAACCGGGACAAUCGCACAGCCCCGCGCUCACGAACGACAUCACGGUCAUCGCUUAGUUCAAUAACGCUUUUGCCUCCAACAAGCCCGCUCGUACAUCAGGCAAACAAUACAGAUUUGGAUUUCUCUUCUAGGCCGAGCUCACUUCAAACAACUCCAAGCCCUAGUAGGAACAGUCGCCGACACACAUACUCUCCUGCGUCUUACCACGGCUACCAGUCUACCCACAUGGCACGCUCUACAACUGGAACACCUGCUGCCCGUCAUCUACGCUAUAGCAGUUCGAUACCUUACCAAGCACAUCAACCUCGGCGGUCAUCAACAAUCAAUCACUCAGAACCCCAAUCUUUUUCUCAAUCACAAUUCCUCAACCCACGACGGCCAUCAUUCUCAUCCGAGGCGUCUCCACUCCAGCACGCACCCAUGGUAGGCUCCUACGAAGAGUCCAUAUUGCGGGGACGCAUGUCUACAACCCCAUCACGGCCCCUUGACUUUGUGGCGAAAAUUGGUGUUCUUGGACGAGGGCAGUGCAAAUCAAGCCUCAAGUGCCCACCUCACGUCACAAUUCCGUUUCCCGCAGUCUUCUACAGCUACAAUACAGGAAACGGUAGGAUAUCAGAUAAUGAGCCAAGUCCGUAUGUCGGCCUCAUAGACUUGGAGAACUCACUACCCGCUCCCGACGAAAGCAACGAACCUGGCAAACGCAAGCGACGACACGCCGCACCUGCUCCGGAUCAAGAUGACCUAGACUUUCGGAUACAGCUUGGUGACGAAGAAAAUGCACAGGCUGUAAAGGAAGAUCUGCGUCGGAGAGAAAAGAAAAAGCGACGAUCCACGUCUCCAAAAGCACCUCCUGGGGGCUGUUAUCGAAUUCCCCCGCAGGGUCAACUUCAGAUUGUUUUGAAGAACCCAAACAAGACGGCAGUGAAGCUGUUCCUGGUCCCAUACGACGUAUCAGACAUGGAGCCAGGCCAAAAAACAUUUGUCCGACAGCGCAGUUAUUCCGCCGGUCCCAUAAUAGACAUGCCCGCUUCUUCGCGGAAAAAUCUCGGUACUGAUCGUCCAGAAGCUGCCCUCAGCGGUUCAGAUGACCCCAACGAUCGCCCGAUUCUCCGUUACUUGAUUCACUUGCACAUAUGCUGUCCCUCAAAAGGUCGUUACUACCUAUAUAAAAGUAUACGUGUCGUCUUUGCCAACAGAGUCCCUGAUGGUAAGGAGAAGCUAAGAAAUGAGAUCCAACAGCCAGAGCCAAGGUACAGUACCUACAAACCAACACGCGACUCAUUGGCAUCACAAAAAACUCCGUCCGUUGGAUCCCAGUUCACCAACGAGGGAGAUUUGCGUCGUCGCAGUGCGGGAUGGCCGCGCUCUCAUUCACAACAAGCGUACGACCAGCUUGAUGGCUUGAGCCACCAUGCGCCAAUGCCUCCUAUAGCUGUCAAAUUCACAGGUGGUACUACAAACUCAUCUGCAUCGAGCAGUUUCAGUUCGCAUAUACCCGAUAUGCAGCCUAUACCUUUCAAUCUCGGUCGAUUAGCUGCAAUCGAAUCACGACCCGUCUCGCGGGAUCAAAUGGAGGUAGAUCCGAAGAGCCCUUUCAGGACUCCAGUCACAUCUCCGCGCCCCGGUGUCAAGAGCCUGAUGUCACACGGCGAAGGUGCCUUUGAAAAACUGAACAAAGGUGACAUUGGCUACGGCGGAAACGCAUUCUCUCCUAUCAGCAGUCCGAAUAGCCCUCCCAGUGCGGGUUUGCUGUCGCAAAAGUUGCGUGGUUUGGACGUUGAGCGUAAUGAAUAG